GCAACACGCCAUCUUGAAGUAGGCGUGGCCGCUGAUCACGUGAUCUUUUAAAAGAAGAGAGAAAACAAAAAUGAGCAAGUUUAUAAGGACUCUCAAAUCUCACCCAGCGGUCAUUCCUGUUGUGUUUUUCACUGGUCUUGGUGCCAGCAUGGCUGCCUUCCAAAUCCUCAGAGCCUGUAAUGUUUAUUCUGACGUCUCGUUCAGACGAGGCAGCAAUCCACAUCCUUGGCUUAAUGUCAAACCAAACGAGAACUUAAAAUAUUACAAGGCGGUGGAUUACGGUAAACUCUCUCAAGGUGAUCGUCCUAAAUAUUAGAGAGACAGUGCCACCUCAUCAUUAACUAAUAAACUGUCCAUUAGUUGAUAAUAGCAGUGCUUCUAGCUGUUGUAGUGAUGUACAAACACACUUGUUGUUAUUGAUUUGUUUACAUUUAUUUAUCAAAAGGAUAAUACCACAAUAGCCAUAAAA